AUGAAUUGUCAAUAUAAACAUGAACAUUCUCUCGAACAACGUCGAUUUGAAUCUGAACGUAUUCGAAGACGUUAUCCUGAUCGUAUUCCUGUUAUUGUUCAACCAUCACAAUCAUCAUCAUCUUCAUCAUCACUUUUAUCAACAUCAUUAUUUCGUUCAUUUUCAUCCUCAUCAUCAUCAUCUUCAUCAUUAUGUAAUGAAAUAAUAUUAUCACGUCUUGAAAAUGAGAAAUUUCUUGUUCCAUCUGAAUUAUCCUUUGGUCAAUUUGCUUAUAAUAUUCGACGACGUUUACGUUUACGAUCAGAACAAGCAUUAUUUUUUUAUAUUGGUUCAGAUGGUAAACAACCAAUAUUAAGUUCAACUAUUGCAGUAUUAUAUCAUCAAAAUAAAGAUAUCGAUGGAUUUCUAUAUGUUUUUUAUGCUGAUGAAAAAGUUUUUGGAUAA